AUGGAGAUCUUUCAAUGGCUCUUCAAGUUAGGAAAGGCACCAGGGAGAUCAGAGUUCUGUUCAAUCAAUGAUCAUGAACCCACCACCACUCUAACAAAUUCCGAAAGAACAACGUCAUCAACAAGAGGAUCUAAACACGAAAAACAGAGGAAUUACAGAGGAAUAUGGUUAUGGUGUAGAAGAGAUGUAGCUGAGGCUUGUUUCAAUAGCACACUAACUCUAAAAAGCCUAAGCAGUUUUAGAAGAGAACAUUUGUGUCGCGCAAUGGCAAAGGUAAAUGCACAAGGACAAGGAGGAGAAGAAGUGAUAUCGAAAAGGUUCGAUCGAAAAAAGGCUAUCAAAGUCUUGGAACCGGAGAAACAUGAAGAAAGCAAUAAAGAGAAGGCGAAAAGCGAGCAGAGCAAAGCUAAGGCCACACUCUCAAGGAUGAAAGAGCUCAUCAGAUGGGCUGCAGCAGCCAAAUCUGAUAAAGCUGUCAAAUUCUUUACCCCUAAUAAGAUAAUGGAGUCAAGAAACCGAAGAAAGUUGAAGAUGAUGAGAGAGGUAAAUGAAGAAUCAAAAAGAAUGAGUAGUGAAUCUGCAAAGAUAAGUUUGAGAUGGGAGAGUUGCGAGAGUUGCACAACACUGUCUUCCUCUGAUCACAUAUCUGUAGUUUCUUCACCACCAAUCGUAGUUUCCUUGGGUCCUACGUCAGUCUACCGAUGUCGAUCUAGGAAAGGCAACUGGAUCACUACUGAUUCUGAAUGUAAGACCACAUUAUUCUAA